AUGGCAGUGUCAGGGAGAAAGGUUUCAGGUUCAGCAAAGGAUUAUGACUACUGUUGUGAACCAUGCUUGGCUAUUGGUCAGUAUAUAGAAGCCCAUGGAUUUUGUGUGGACUGUCAGGAAUACUUGUGCAAGACCUGUUUUGCUUGUCAUCAACGAACAAAGGCCUCAAAACAUCAUCAACUUCUUGACAAAACGAGCAUAGACAAACAGAUUAUUCAUAGCAAAGAUUCAACAGUGUGUAACGAAAAGUGUCAAAUUCACAAAAAUGAAAUUAUUAAAUUUUUCUGCACAAACCAUGAAUUUCUCGGAUGUACUGAUUGUAUAACACCAAGUCACAGGACAUGCAAAAUUGACUACAUACCAGAUAAAUGUGCAGGUAUAAGAGAUAGUGGCGAGUACAGGGAAACAAUGAAAGCACUGGAACAGAAGAUGAAAGAUGUGGCUGUUGUAAUCAAGAAAGCAACAUUGCAAGACAAGGGGUUAGACCUCUCCCAUGAUCAUGUCGUAAAAGAAACUGUUAAGUUCCGCAAUGAAAUCAAUGAUCACUUGGAUAAACAGCAAAAGCAAUUUCUGACAGAUGCUGAGAAAAAGAAGCUUAAGGACAAACAAACGCUCAAAAAUGUGCUUGAUACAUGUGCUGCUGUUUCUUCAGAUAUCAUGAAAGUCAAGUCAAGUCUACAAGACAGCAAAACUUCGCAGCAGAAUGGACAACUUUACAUCAUGAUCAAACAAGCAAAAUCCAACCUAAAGUUGGAUGAUUUGAAGAAUGCUCAAGAAACGUUGGAUAAGACCAGCAUUCAAUACACAUUUGAAAGAAACAAAGAAUUAGAGAACCUCCUUACUAAUCAAUAUAUAUUUGGAAAGUUGACCCAAUCCACUACCUUGGUGACUAACAUAGGAGAUAUAAAUGUACAGACAAUAUUAGAUAAUUUUAAACAUUGGAUCACGGGAUGUGUUGUGUUGUCCUCUAACAAAGUUAUGAUAGUAGAUGGCAACAACUGUUCACUGAAAGUUGUGGACACACAAAGUAAAGUAGUGAUAGAAGAGAAAACCCUGGAAUCGAGACCAUGGGACAUUUGUAUACUGCCUCAAGACCAUAUUGCUGUGACAAUGCCAGAUCAGAAAACUAUAUUGGUAAUGGCAACAAAUGGUAAAAUUUCAAUCAUUCGCAGGAUUCCGUUUCAAGGAAAAUGUGGAGGUGUGACUUAUCAUCAAGAUCAUCUAUAUGUAGUUUGUUUAGGUCCUAUUUGCGUGAUUAAAAUAGAUAUACAAGGGAAUGUUAUUGAUAUGAUAUACAUAGAGAAUGAGAUAUUUGCCAGCCCAAACUACAUACUAUUGAGUAAAGAUGCCACACACAUCUACAUCAGUGACUGUAAGAGCCACAGUGUUGCUUGUGUAUCAUUACAGGGUGAUAUAUUAGCUGUAUAUAAGCACAAGGAUCUCAGAGUACCAAUGGGAAUGGUGAUGAUAGAUGAUGGAUCAUUAAUUGUGUGCUGCUACAACUGCAAUGGCACCAUACAUCAUAUCUCAAGAGACUUGAAGCGAGGUCAGACAAUAUCAGAUGGAUUACAGUACCCACAGUCUAUAUGCUACAAUAGCAAGGAACAAAAGGUCUACAUUGGUGGACUUUGUGAUCAGCUAAAGAUAAAAAAGUUUGGAAAGAAGAAAUAA